AAUGCUGGGGCCGUUUAUUACCAGCCGGCUGCCAACUGACGGCAGUGCUCGUGCUGGCGGGAGUACCGUUACCAGAGGUCCCAGGAGGAGUAAACAUCCCACCUCUCGGUAAUUCCCUCUGUUGUUUUUACAUUGGUUGUUUGUGAUUGAACAUCUACAUGACUUCUCAAUGGGCAUGUUCUUUUUAUUCUCUGGGUUCAUUCUUCUAAAUUCACACUUCACAUCUGCUAUAAAGAUCAAAAACAUCACUUUGUACACAGAUGAACUGGUAGUAAAAUCACCUUCACGACUCUUCAUCCCUUGCCGAUUUUACGCAGAUGAACAAGUUGGGACUAACCAUUUUCUGCUUGAAUGGGGAUUGACCCCAGAAAACAGUGACAACUAUACUCCAAUCCUCCGUCUCUAUGACACCAUUCUGGAAUAUAUGGAGAAUGGCAACAGCAGAGCUCAGGUUUUUGUAUACCUUGUGCCAGAAGGAAAUUGCUCUCUUGUCAUCAAUCCCACCUACACCAAUGACAGUGGAACAUAUGAAAUUCGGCUUACCAUUAAUGGAGUGCAGCAUUCUCCAGUCCCGGUAAUUAAAGUCAAGGUGUUAGGAGACAAGACUGUGUCCCUGCCUGAAGAAAUCCAGUCUGUGAAAGAAGAGGAGGGGGAGAAAGAAAAUACUAUAAAUGAGGCGGAAUCUAGUGAGGAAAAGGAGGCGGAGGAGGUCGUGAGUGUACCGCUUCAUGCAACCACAGAAGGUGGAGACAGUGAAGGAAAUUCAGAGUCAUUCGACUGCAACAGCUUUGAACCCCAGAUCUUGCUAUAUGCUCAAAUUCUCCAAAAACUGGAGCGUGAACAUAAGCUAAAAUUACUAACUUAUGGUGUGAUAGUGUUUGGAAUUCUUCUCAGCGUUGGUUCUUCAAUAGGUGUAGUUGUUGGAAUUCUUUAUUGCAAAAAGAGGAAUGAAGGGUCCAAGAAGGGAGAAAGAUCUGCAGAUGUAGAAGCAUUUCCACCACCACCAGUUGAAGUGUUCAGGCCAAUGAGAGCACCGUUAUUUGAUGAUGAAACACCUUCACCUCCACCAGUGUCUAUUACUGAAACACUACCGCCACCACCAGAGUGAAGAUGAGAAGUAAAAUAACAAGGACCUAUAUUUAAACAUAUAUUUGGCAUUGUGGCCACUAGGUGUCCUUAUAUCUCAAUCUUGCACACAUGGAGUAUUAAUUAAAGUAGGUUUGUCAUAUUUGUUGUAAGAAUAUUUUUGAAGCCAGCAAAAUUAAA